CGUCGAACGGCGCUGUGUUGCGACGGGACCAUGCCGCCGCGCCCUGCGCCACCGAUCCAACGAUCUCAGGUACGCGAGAUCCCAUUAUCAUAACACCCGCGGAAAAUCGCUGGCCGACUUCCGCGGACUCGGGGGCGGCCGCAUCAGCCAGCAGCCCCCGCUCACUCGCGCGACUGUGCCCCGCGCGCGCUGUCAACAACCGAAAACGUGUCCAACGCCGGCCCUUUGAUCGCGUCCCGCCGGGAUCAACGGAUGGAAUUACUCGCCCGCCGGUCGGCCGCAUAGGAAAAUCAUCGGGAGACUGGAGCAGCCGAAAGGUCACAUUUUUCGCGACACACGCCGGCCCCGCGGAAUCUGGGGCUGCCGCUAGUCAAAGGCACCGCGGAAAAUGCAAUAUAGCGAACGAUAGGAAUUGAUGAUCUGCCCCGGGCCGACCAGCUGUCGAGUUUGAUCGAAGGCCCGAUUACCGGAAACGGACGGCCAAAAAUGUGACGCGCGGCGGGCGCGCGGGACGCUCGGCCCUCGAACAGGAGGACGGACCGGACGACUAUUCAAAGCGUGACGCUGGAUUCACCGGGCAGGACAACAUGAACUCUAGCGGCGAGUCAGGCGGCACGAUGACCGAGGACUACGAGGUGUCCGGCUGCGGUCCGCCGGAGGAGGAGACGGGUUCGAACUUGCCGGUGUGGGAGGCAGCCGCAGCCUCGCUGACGCUGGGCUUCCUGGUGCUAGCCACAGUGCUGGGCAACGCUCUGGUGAUCCUGAGCGUGUUCACCUACAGGCCCCUCAGGAUCGUGCAGAACUUCUUCAUCGUCUCCCUAGCGGUGGCGGACCUGGCGGUGGCCAUCCUGGUGAUGCCUUUCAACGUCGCCUACCUGCUGCUGGGCAAGUGGAUCUUCGGCAUCCACCUGUGCAAGCUGUGGCUGACCUGCGACGUGCUCUGCUGCACCGCCAGCAUCUUGAACCUCUGCGCGAUCGCGCUGGACCGGUACUGGGCGAUCACGGACCCGAUCAACUACGCGCAGAAGCGCACCCUGAAAAGAGUCCUAGCGACGAUAGCCGGCGUGUGGAUCUUGUCCGGCGCGAUCAGCUCGCCGCCAUUGGCGGGCUGGAACGACUGGCCGGAGGAACUGGAGCCCGGCACGCCCUGCCAGCUGACCAGAAGACAGGGUUACGUGAUAUACUCGUCCCUGGGCUCUUUCUUCAUCCCGCUGCUGCUGAUGAGCCUGGUCUACCUGGAGAUCUUCCUAGCCACCAGGAGGAGGCUCCGCGAGAGGGCCAGGCAGAGCAGACUCGGCGCCGUGCAGUCCACCAGGCAUCGAGAGGCGGACGACAACGAGGAGUCGGUGAGCUCCGAGACCAACCAUAACGAGAAGUCGACGCCCAGGGCGCACGCGAAGCCUUCGUUGAUCGACGACGAGCCCACGGAGGUGACGAUAGGCGGCGGCCACGCGACCACCUCGUCCUCCAGGAGGUUAGCCAGCGGCAGUCGACCGGCGGCCACCACAACCACGGUCUACCAGUUCAUCGAGGAGCGCCAGAGGAUCUCGCUGUCCAAGGAGAGACGAGCCGCCAGGACGCUGGGCGUGAUCAUGGGCGUGUUCGUCGUCUGCUGGCUGCCGUUCUUCCUGAUGUACGUGAUCGUGCCGUUCUGCCCGGCCUGCUGCCCCUCGGACCGCAUCGUCUACUUCAUCACGUGGCUCGGAUACGUGAACAGCGCCCUGAACCCGCUCAUCUACACGAUCUUCAACCUCGACUACAGGAGAGCCUUCAGGCGGCUGCUGCGGAUCCGCUGAACAGGGGAUCGCUCGCGGACGAUGCUCGGUUUUUCUCGCGGGGACUGAAGAUUAAUAACUCCGUUCCUCCUCGUUUCGCGUUGCUCUUCGCUUGGCGGCGGAAACGGCGAAGCAUCCGGUCGCGGGAUCGAUGGACGAGCGAACCGGACCGCCAGGACCGACGGUUGCGAUGGACCCCGAGCGGCAGGCGACCGCGAUUUAGUUUCCCGUCGCCGGCGCACGAUCGAGCGGUACGCUGGGCCACCGAGCGGGAUACUAAAUUACUAGGAAUUUCAAUAAAACCCGGCUCUACGGCGUCUCGCGUUUAUUUCGGUGGGCGCGCGGGGCACGCUGCGGGAACGCGGCGACCGCGCCGCUGGCGCAGGAAUUUCGGGCGAGACGCCGGUCGAUAUCGGGACGAAAUUGAUUGCUGUUUUCGUGGUCGCUGUGCGGGAUGUUCCAUGCGUUCGCGUCGCGAUGGAGCGUGGCGGUGCUCGGAUAGGUGCUUUAGAUGAAAACGCCGGUCGCAUCGGAACCUUUGCGAUCGCCAGCUUCGAUUUCGCCUCUUGUAGAUGGAUGUACGUUGCGAGUAGAACAUUCGGUUUCGAAGCAUCGGCUUCGGGAACGUGCCGUCAAUCAUUUGUGCACUUUCGAUUCGUUGCGUCGGGAUAUGCACUCUGGCUGUACGAUCGCAGAUAGCGCCCUUUGAAUGGCGAACCGCGGAGUUUCUACAUAUCAUUGCCGAAUCGUUUUGUAAGAGUCGUUGGAGAUCUUUCCGCUCGGUCACGUAGGUAUUUUUCGUUGAAGUAAGGAUCUUCGACAGUUGCAACGUUUCGAGAAAACACGGUGCCGCCGAUACACAGGCGUCCGCAGUUCCUUCGCGCGCCAUCACGCACGGCGCAGCCGUAAUUAAAUGAUCCCGCGAGUUCGUGCCGCAAACUCUGCGUCGCGUUUCAUGGUUGCUCGAUCACAGAAUCCUUUAAUUCCGCUGGGAACAUAGUAGAAGACCUCGGUGCGCGGCGAAUCGGAUUAGCUGCACCGAAAAGCUGUGCGCGGCGGCGUUUUUCAUCGCGACCACUCCCGUGUGUGCAUCGCGGCGGUUUCGCGCCACCGAUUACCGUCCCGCGAGCGGUGCCUCGGUUGAUCUCUCGCGCGAGGGAGAGCGUUCGCGUCACCGAAAAAUUCCGCCGUCCGGAACAUGUUAAUUGAAUCCAGGGCGCGCAGUUCGGCACGGUACGGCGGCCGGUUACAAAUUCGCGUCGCGUCAAAGAUUAACUGCGUCGACAAGAGACGCGAUAGUCUAAUUCCGUUGCGGCGGCCGCCACGAACCCCGUUUCAUUAAAGUUGCUCCAUUAAUCCUGCGAGGUGACUCCGGAAACAAGCGAGCGUGUGUGCGUUAACGCGAAACUCAGGCUGCAAUUGAAGACCACCCGUGUUUUUCGGCGUAAUUCCGCCAAUUUUGACGACUCUGUUGCGAUUAGCGCGGACUUUGGACGCAAUCCAAUUAUGUAAAGGCAUCAUUUGUUCGUGUAAUGCGCGGGGACGAGAUCCUGAAGGAAUUCAAGUUACUGUGCGGCUAGUUUCUAGAUUUUCACGGUUCCGUCGCGAUUAGCGCAAGCGUAUGGGCGACAUUCGAUCGUGCUGGCGGAGGUUCUCGAUCUUUUCGAUCGCACGCGUGCGGAUAGAAGACCUCGGGGGAAUCGGAGUUGCAACUGUGGCUGGUCCAGCGAUUGCUCGAUCGUUUCGCGUACUUUUCUUUGCCAAUUUUCGUCAAUUCCGGCGGCUCCGUCGCGAACAACGCGAACGUGUGGAUGGGAUUCGAUCAGCCAACAACGAAACGCGCCUGCAACACCGCCGCGAUGCAGAAGCUCGAGCGUUGGUGUAUUAUCCUGGUCGAUCGUUCCAUUUGCCGCGGGACUGUGGAAGCUAUUGGAAAGAAAUGCCGGGUUCGAAUCAUUUCGCGGGUGGAUCGACGCCAGCUAGAGGGCUAUUGAAUUCUUCGUGGCAUCCCCCUGUGUUUUAUUAUCGCCGGCAGCAGCGGGCUCGUAAAUAUACUUUCAAGCUGCCGUUGCGGCUUCGGGUACUCGCGAGAAUGUAGAACUUUAUCUCGGGAUGUCGCCUGAGGAAAGGCGAGUACGGUUUGCGACGAAAUGAUGGCGGGUUGCGUAAAAUUGCUGAGUUCCUUAGUAGACUCCUUAAUAGAGUAUAACGCGAGAUCAAUGACAAAGAUUAAAUAACAGCUGAGACGUCAACAAUCCAGAAUUUCGAGAUAGAUAAUUAUAUCUUCAAAACUGCCACUGAUAAUUCGAAGUCAGGCGAUUAUUUAACACUAGAACUACAUUUAAAUUGUCCUUUUCAAAUUUCUCCGUGGAAACUAAAUAGCGCGACUAUUGAGACUUCAAUCGAUUUGCAACAUAGUUUGCGUAUUGCUAAAUGAAUGUCUCUAGUGAUUUCUCAACAACUGGAGAAAAAUAAAUCAUGAAUAAGUGAUUUUGACCCAUCCGGUAGUUCUAGUGUCAAAUCUUCGUCGAAGCAUUCAAUCACACGACAUGAAGAUUCCGACGCAACCAGCAAUUUUCCAUUAUCUUCCAAGAUAAUCCACGGAACAAGCCACCUUUGUUCUACCGCUUUGUCAUCAUUUCGUCGCUGAUCGUAGACUACAGA